UUUUUGUUUUGGACGUUUUGGUUUUUCAACGUUCCGUCUAUAGUUGGGAAAUUAAUAGGCGUUAGCAUUAGCAAACACAAAAUUUCUGCAGCCUCCUAAAAUAAUUAUAAAAUAAACUUUUCUCUAGCUAAGUAAGUUAAUUUAACGCAAUGGGCCUAGGCCUAGUCUUCAGACAUUACUGAUAAUUUUAUAGACCUUGUGUAACCUCAGUGAUUCUCUAAACCUACAAUCAAAUAAGGUUGGAAACACUGUGCCAAGAUGCUGCCGAGCAUGCCAUCGUUGAUGACUCCAAUCAGGGAGUUAGGGGAUGACUCGAGUUCAAGCAGUGAUGAUUCACCAACUGUUAUUCCGGUUGAAAAUGGUGGGCUAAACGAAAACCAUAUCGACAGUUCCUUGCCAAGUUCGGCACCCAACAAUACUCCUGAACCCAGUAGUGUUGAACCUAUUCAAACACAGGAUGAGGAACAGGCGCAGGAAAAGGCCCGAACAGCAGAAAAAAGACCAUCUACCGAGCCAACUUCAGCGCAAAAGAAGAAAAAGAAAAAGCAGCAUAAGAAAAUCUUGGCUGCACUGGCAGUAGAGAAUGGGGACUUGCUUGAUGCAUCAGCUCAAAGUUUCGCUGAAGCUUAUUUUCAAAAAGUCAAAACUCGUCUGGAUGAUGAAAAAUGGUCACAGUUCGUCCAAGAACUUGUCAGUUUCGAGGAAAAACCAGAGGGUGAAAGGAAGCCUGUGGAACUCUACCGCAAGAUGGAAAUUCUCCUGAGUUCUCACACUGACCUGAUCGAUGAGUUCCUCAAGUUCCUCUUGCCUCACCAAGCACUCGAGGUCAACAGAGUCAUGGACUUCUUUAGUCUCGACAAGAUGACCGAGUUCUUUCGCAAACUCAACAUUCUCUUGAUGAAGCGUCAAGUGCGACAAGUACACACAGCUCUGGAGUCUCUCACAUCGAGGCAGAACGUUUCAUUGAUCGAUGUUAAGGAGAGUAUUCUACCUCUGAUCAAGUCCAGCCCCUUACUGACCAACCUGUUCUUGGGCCUACUUCCUGGAGAGAGGCCACCUGACAGCCUAAUGACAGAUUUUGAACAAGCUGACACCAAGGAGGAAUCAGAGUGUGAGACGAUCAUCGUACCUGAUCUUGCCGACCCUUACGGCACUGAUAAAUGCAUCUGCAGCUGUCAUCAGGCUCAGACUCGGCACUGUUUUGCUUGCGGAAUUAAGUAUCUGAACGGAAGAGUAUACAUGCAGUGUGGAAAAUCUCUGCGGCCAGCCAUGAUCGAGUUCAAGGACAAGAAACAUCUGGAUCUGCUCAAAUGGGAGGAAGCAGAAAAAUCACGGAGCAGACGACGAUUGGUGCCUAAAACAUUGCAUUCUCCUGGCCUUUUCGACAAUAAACCAAAUGCAGAUUCCGAAGAAGACUGUGGAGUCAAUAAAAAGUCUCCGAGAACACCCAGGACUCGCAACUCAAAACCAAAAGUCAGCAAGAAAGAAACAAUCGAAAACAAAGAAGAAGUUUUAGAUGGGAUUUUCCCAUUGCCUGAUGCAAAAGCAGAUAACAACCCACAGGGAAACGUUGACGGUGAAAUAAAACAGGGCGGAGCUGAUGAGCACGACUGUGAUGAAAUAGUUCUGGAGAACGAUUGUAAUACUGAAGAAGACGAAGAGGAGUAUUUGAACAAAGGUGUAAAUUCUGAAAAUGAGAGCAGCAUUGAAGCUGAAGAUAAUCCGAAAGAUUUGGAAUGCAGCUUUGACGAGGAAGUGGAUGAUUUCGACCAUAGUGAAAUAGAAAUUUGUGAAACAAGAAAUGACAUACAAGAGGAAAGAUUGAAACCAAACGAAGAUAACAAUCCAAAAAGUGAAAGCUUGUCAAAGACUGUUGAUAAGAUUGCAGGAACUACAAAAGUUGAACAGACUGAGUUAGAGUCUUCAUCUAAAGACGUUGACAUUGACAUUGUGAAGGUUGAGCCAAUGUCAGUAAGCUCUCAUGAUGUUAUGGAGAAAAUGGAAGAUGUUGAUCAGCCAUUUACUGAAGCAAGCUAUGAAAUUAAAACAGAAGUUUUAGAAAUUGUUGAUGUGUGUGCUGAACAGUGUGCAGAAAAUGUCAAUCCUCAAACGCCAAGUGGAUCCAGCCAUGACGACUCUUCAUUCAAAGAGUGGACAAAAGAAGAGGAUAAAAUCAUCCUGUUGACUUUUCAACAUGAAAGUGGACUCGAGCAGACAUUCAGAACAGCAAGUCUGCAUCUACCUAACCGCACACAGGAAGAGAUCCAACAGAGAUUUGAGGUUUUACUGAAACUUCUGAAGGAGAUGUACCCUAAUAAUGAACCCCCAACAUAAUAGGUAAAGUGAUUAAAAAUCUUACCUAAAGCCUCCAAUUGAUCUAACUAAGAAGAACCUGGCUUGCUGAGACAAAUGAUUCAAUGAUUUGCGAUUUCCUUACUUAGCUGCAGUCAAAUCUGGCAGCAACUUUGGAAGGACAAUUUCUACUCUUCGUCUAAUUUGUUACAACUUGUGAACUUCAGGCAUGUGAUGUUAUGCCAAUAACUUUACUUUUCGGUUGCUUCGUAGAUCAUAAAACAUGAUCGAUGACCGAACAGUUGGCGUACCUAAGUUGUGACCGAAGUUUUGUGUUGUUUUUUUGUCCAUUGCAAGCUUGCAAACCGAAGGUUGGAUAAAAUUAUUAUUAGACCCUACUGUAGUUACUCGAGAGUGAUGUAGGUGGAAUGUGUUUGACAUGUAAGCUCAGUGGGAUUUUUUAUUUUUGUAACAAAUUUUAUUUAAGUAUAACCUAAUAAUUUACUCACCCUA